UGUGAAUGGUGAAAACAACGAGAAAACAGAUUUACGAGUGAAAAUAACAGAAGAAAAAACUCCAAACAAUUUCUCUUUCUCAAAAUAACAGAAAAUCCACAUAUGUCAACAGCGUCGCACCCGAUAUUAUAGUGAGCAGAUUUCCUCUCAUUUUCUUCCUCAUUUUCCUCAAUGUCACAAAAAUGUCUGAGCGUAAAAUUCAGUAGACCGGGAGCAUUUGAACGAAAUAGACGUGCUAAUUUUGGAUAUUUUUCUUAUAGACUAGUGAAUAUAUAUUAUAUUCAAUCAAGGUGUUUAUACAUCAGAAUAUAAUUUGAGAAGAAGGAAAAGAAAAAAAAAAAGUUUGUGUGAGAAAAUCGGAACAUUUUUGUGUUUAAAGUCUGGUGAUUUUUUUUCGUUCUUUCGUGAAAUUAAAUUUAUUACUCGCUUCUCUAUUACGUCGUUGUGGAAGUUUUCAAUUUUUGUUUAUUUGUGAUUGUGUUAUAUGCCAAAAAAAUAUAUAGAAUUGGAAUUUUUCUUUAUUUUGAUAAUAAAGAUAGUGACAACAUAACUAACGCCUGCCGCCUACGCAGUAUAUCCAUUCAAAAUCGAAGUGAUAUUAAAUAAAUAUAUAAAAAAAAGAAAACCGAAAGAAAAGUUUAACAUAUUGUACGCUAUAAGGGAUUAGCUGGCUGAAUGAGUAUAAAACCAUCCACAUCACGCUAUGCAGACUUGGAAAAACCGAAAAAGAAGAAAACUCUCAGCGCAACGUCUAGUCUGGUAUCCAUACCGAAUACAAUUAAGCUGAGCAUGCUCAACAGUGGACUGCUGUCGUUCGAAAAAGUAAAACUAGAAGCCAGAGAUGAAAAUAAUUCGUUGUCAAAAAGUGUACCAGAUAAGCCAAUAGAGUUGCGACACUUUGUAAAACUAUGUGAGCAACGACGAAAGUUUCCGGUACUGUACAAGUUGGAAUUUCAAACUGCUGUUAAGGUGGAAACAAAUUCCUGUAAACAUGGCUGUAGGAAAAAUAAUGAAGAAAAAAAUCAAAACCAAAAGUGCAUUCCAUAUGACUAUAAUCGAGUGGUUUUGGAGAAAGUGGGGCGUAUUGUAGAUUCUGACUACAUAAAUGCAUCUUAUGUUGAUAGCCUUUUGAAGCCAAAUGCUUAUAUUGUAACUCAGGGUCCAACUGAAGAAACUGUUAACGAUUUUUGGCGAAUGGUGUGGCAGGAAAAUGUUAGCGCCAUCAUAAUGUUAACGAAAGUGUUCGAUUUUACCAAGGUAAUGUGUAUGCAGUAUUGGCCACCAGCAAUAGAUAAACAAGAAGUAUAUGGCGAUAUCCAUAUUGGUAUAGUCAACGAGGAGCAAUUAGCCAAUUUUCAAAUUCGAACAUUUAAAAUAUGGAAAUUGACUCCAGAUAAUGCUAUAGCAGAAGAGCGUCACAUUAUCCAAUUUCAUUACACCGAAUGGCACUCGCACACAUGCCCAUUUUCAAAUGCGGUUUUAGAAUUUCGACGACGUGUUAGGGCUGUUGUUGGUAACAUAAUCACCAGUAAUAGUAGAGUUGGUCCAAUGCUGGUUCACUGCAAUGAUGGUGGCGGAAGGUCUGGAGUGUAUUGUGCGAUAGAUGCAAAUAUGGAAUUGGCAGAAGAGGAGGACUGUUUUCAUGUGUUUGGCUAUUUGAAAAAGUUGCGACAAUCACGGAAAGGGCUUAUCGAAAAUGUGGAUCAAUACAAAUUCGUUUACGAUACAUUGGAAGAGCACAUAGUAUGCGGUAAGACAUGGUUCUCCGUUUCGGAACUAUCCGAACGGCUCAAGGCUAAAGCGGCAAAAGACCCCGUCACAAAAAUGAAUCAAUACCAAAAGGAAUACGCUCAAAUUUGCAAACAAACACCGAGAUUCACAAUCGGUGAUUGUGCCGGAGGCCACCGCCAAGACAAUAGAGAAAAGAAUCGAGAUGUAUUGUGCGUCCCACCCGACAAUUUUCGUCCUUAUUUAACAUCGUUCCAGGGAAACGCUUUCACCGAUUAUAUUAACGCAGUGUUUGUUGAUGGAUAUACAAAGCCACGCGAAUACAUUGUAACCGAAUGGCCAAUGAAACAUACUGUUGGUGAAUUUUGGUCUCUUGUUUACGAUCAAGAGUGUUCCGCUGUGGUUGUACUGUUGCAGCCACCGCCCAAUUCGACAACAUAUCCAUCAUUUUGGCCUGAAAAAAGUAAAAUGGAAAAAUAUGGUCCCGUCUUUUCCGUUCAUUCUGUGUCGAGGAAACAUUAUGCCAACAUCAAGCAGUGGGAGUAUAAAAUCAAUAAAAAAAUAGUUUCGCUAACAGAGCUUAUGGCUGGCGUUAAAGCUCCAACCAAAGUGGUGCAACUAUUUCAAUUAACAUGUUUUCCAUUAGGUCAUAAGGUUCCAACAUCAACAAACUCACUGGUGGCUCUGAUGAACAUGGUCGAGCAAUGGCGAGCCAAGACCGAUUAUGGUCCAGUGUGCGUCGUAUCACCUGAUGGUCGUAGCCGGGCUGGUGUGUAUUGCGCAGCCAAUGCUUGCAUAGAGCAGGUCAUUCAACAUGGUGAAGUGGAUAUUUUCCAGGCUGUUAAGACCGUUAGACGUCAUAGGCCACAGUUGGUAGAAAACAUGAUGGAAUACAAAUACUGUUACGAUUUGGUGCUACAUUAUGUCCUACAUUAUUUAAAUAAGGAUUUGAAGGAGAAAAAGUGAGAAAGCGAAUUACACGACGACUUGUGGUUCAUUGAAUUUGGAAGAGGAAAAGUGAUACCAUUAACUCCAGACUCGUCCACCGAUCUUCCAAAUGAAAUAUGUAACACAGGUAAAAUUGUCGUGAAGAAACGUAUACCAAAAAUUGAGAAAGGCGACAGCAUUCAACUA